AUGUCGGGACAGCGCGCGGAGUUGGCUGUAGUCCAACGCAGCGUAAUCCACGGAAACACCACCUGGUGCUCGAUGCCUCCGAGCGUCCAGGCCCCGGCUCCGGGACACACUACCAGGAUACCACCAUCCGUCGCACACCAAUACGACGAGCGCAUGCCCGGCUUGACCAGCCCCAGCAACCAGGCCAAUGCGUACGGCCCCAGCAAGCACGCACCGCCCCAGCAAGCACGCACCGGUGCGUACGGAUACGGCCGAUGCGUACGGGUACGACCAUCCGUCGCACACCAAUACUACGAGCACAUGCCCGGCUUGACCAGCCCCAGCAAGCACGCACCGCCCCAGCAAGCACGCACCGGUGCGUACGGAUUCGGCCGAUGCGUGCGGGUACGGCCGAUGCGGACAGAUACGACCGACGGGUACGGAUACCACCAUCCGUCGCACACCAAUACGAUGCCGGGCUUGACCAGCCCCAGCAAGCACGCACCGCCCCAGCAACCACGCACCGAUACGACCGACGGGUACGGGUACCACCAUCCGUCGCACACCAAUACGAUGCCGGGCUUGACCAGCCCCAGCAAGCACGCACCGCCCCAGCAACCACGCACCGGUGCGUACGGAUACGGCCGAUGCGUACGGGUACGACCAUCCGUCGCACACCAAUACUACGAGCACAUGCCCGGCUUGACCAGCCCCAGCAAGCACGCACCGCCCCAGCAAGCACGCACCGGUGCGUACGGAUUCGGCCGAUGCGUGCGGGUACGGCCGAUGCGGACAGAUACGACCGACGGGUACGGAUACCACCAUCCGUCGCACACCAAUACGAUGCCGGGCUUGACCAGCCCCAGCAAGCACGCACCGCCCCAGCAACCACGCACCGAUACGACCGACGGGUACGGGUACCACCAUCCGUCGCACACCAAUACGAUGCCGGGCUUGACCAGCCCCAGCAAGCACGCACCGAUACGACCGACGGGUACGGGUACCACCAUCCGUCGCACACCAAUACGGCGAGCGCAUGCAGGGCUUGACCAGCCCCAGCAAGCACGCACCGGUGCGUACGGAUUCGGCCGAUGCGUACGGGUACGACCAUCCGUCGCACACCAAUACGACGAGCACAUGCCCGGCUUGACCAGCCCCAGCAAGCACGCACCGCCCCAGCAAGCACGCACCGCCCCAGCAAGCACGCACCGGUGCGUACGGAUACGGCCGAUGCGUGCGGGUACGGCCGAUGCGGACAGAUACGACCGACGGGUACGGAUACCACCAUCCGUCGCACACCAAUACGGCGAGCGCAUGUCCGGGUUGACCAGCCCCAGCAAGCACGCACCGCAAUACGGUGAACGCAUGUCCGGCUUGACCAGCCCCAACAAGCAGGACCACUCGUGCUCGAUAAGGUUGGUAGAGGAUCGUAUUCGCAGUCCAGGAGGCAGGGUAGGGCAGGAUGCACCACUGCGAUCAAGAGGCUAUGUGGUCAUGAACCUGAGCCAUGUGGGGAUCUCCGCUAGCAACCUAUGCAGCGAUAUCUCAACAGUUCCGAUCGACAGAGGCGAACUUGUGUUCAAGUUGUAUGAACCAGUUCGCAGCGUCUACGUAAAAUUCCACGGCAUGCCCGACUCGAAGCGCGUCACCCGAUCGGUUGCAACCGAACAAGGCUCCGAAACGCCCAGGUCGACCAGGUUGACCAACACCCAGGCCGCAGGCGGCUCCAUGAAAAAUAGUAAAUUCACGAAGGGCAAGGCGAAAGAAGUGGCCGCCAAGAAGAAGGGUCAGGAAAGGGAGAAGGAGAAGGAGAAGGAGCGACGCACUACUCAGGUCCGGAAGAGGGCGUCGAAGAUAAUGGCCGAAGAAGAAUUAUUGAGUGAUGAAGAGCAACCGAAAACAAAAAAGAAGAAGCGUGCUGUGGUGGAGGACGAGGCGGAAGCCGAUGAGCAGGAUAAGGCAGUCGAAGACACGCCAGAAGAUGUCGAGAUGGAGGAUGACACUACUAGUAAGCAGCCUACUACCACUCGACCCAAACCGAAGCCGGCAUACGGUAAAUUCGCGAGACCCGAGACGUCCUUGGAUCCCGCCGAGGAGAAUGUUGCACAAACACUGAUCGGGGGGCGGCGUGAAGCCAGGGAGAACGCUGGCAGUAGUCGUAAGGGCGGUGUGCUGAAACCGACAAAACCUAAGUCUGGCGGUGGCAAGUCCACUCACGGUACUGCCAAACCGAAGGCACUGCCGGACAAGGGUAAGGCCCGAGCAACAGGCAAGGAUGACUCGGUCGAGAGCGAGCAUGACCCCAAAUCAGACGAAGACAGCGAUGGCGGAGGCAGCGAUGAUGCUUAUGACGAUGACGCAGGCGACGAUGGGAGUCAGGUCGAGGAUGAGGACGACGUCGACGAUGUAGGGCCUGAGUCUCAAGAGUCGGAGGACGGAGACGAUGAGGGCGAGGACGAGGGCGAUGUGGUAGUCGUGUCUGAGACGAGGGCGCAAAGCAAGCCGGCUCUCGCCAAGUCGACGGGCAGUGGUCGAGACAGCAGCAGUCGCGCCAGGGUCGCCGACUUACCAGCCAAAGUCAGGACUCUCGUCUCGGCCGCGCAAAAUUGUCUGCGACUACGCAUUGCGCUCAACUCGGCGUGGACGAAGGAGGCUUCAGUCGCGUCCAAGCGGCUGCCAAGGAGGGAUAUACUAAUCCGUGACAGUGUUCGCGACGCUUAUGACAGACGAGGGACUGGCAACCAUGCUGCCGACAUCAAGGCCGCGUUUUGGCUGCUGGCCGACAAGAAGGACGACAAGAAGAAAGACAAGAAGGAAGCGGAUCACACCCAGAAAGACAAGAAGAAAGCGAAUGGCGAUGCGAGCUCGGAUGGUGACGAGGACUCGGAACGAGCCGCUUUGAGAGCGAAGGCCUACUCCGUGACUCGGAACGAGCUCAAGAGGAAGGCGAAGCAAGUGAUAGAGCAGACCUUCAAGCUUGGCAGCCUGACAGUUCCUCAAAGGACCGAGGUCGUCGUUUGGCUUCUCGAGACGCACCCAACGGAAGUGAAUGACGGUUCCGGGACACGCAACAUCGCGAACUUCGUCUUCGGGGGCGUAGAGUUCCACUUCGAUCGCAAGAAAAAGCUGGAUCGAGAGCUUACCAAGGUCGAGCCCACGGAGCCAUUCCGAAACGAAUGCAUCCCUGAGCUCAUCUACCAGUACUACGGCCUGGCAGGACGCGGCGAUGCGAACAUCAAUGCGGCCCUGGAUGAGUUCAGCAAGAUGCCCUUCAACCUCAUCGCCCUCGCAUGCAACGCGAUCGAGGCAGCACUGAUGGAGGUAACGUCGCACAACCAGUCCAUAUUUUUCUCCGGCAAGCUUUUCGCGGCCAAGUGGGAUGGCACGAUGGCCAUCCUAGAGACUCUGGAAGACAGUGCCAGCGAGUACCUCGAAGAGACGCGAGAGCUCAUAUGGAAGCACAUCAGCAAUCGUCUCAACGCUGGCCCCAACGCGCUCGAGGGAGUGACGGACAGCGAUGAGCAGCCGGGCAGCUUCAUCCCUUUGCUCCAGUUGCGUGCAUCAAAGGCGCAGAGCAGCAGCGACAAGCCCGGCACAUCGAAGGCUGCGACCAAGCCGCCGUCGAGCACCGCGAAGAAGGGCAAUAAAUCCACCGCAUCAUCGAAGACCGCGGGCAAGCCGUCCGGCUCAUCGAAAAGCGCGAAGACACCGAAUUCUUCGCAGGCUGCGAAGAAUCCACCCAGUCCAUCGAGGAAGACUCGCGGUGCAGGCGCGUCGACUUCGAAGUCACAGAACCACCAACGGCGCGACUCUGACGGCAGCGAGGGCGGUGAAGCGGGUGGACAGGGCCACAGUGAGGACGAAGGGGGCGCCGGACUCUCUGGCGAAGGCGGUGAAGGGGUUCAGACUGAGAUCGAUGAACUCCGCGGGUCUGGAGAAGACCGUGGCAGUGGAGCAUCCACGAACGGCGGGGCCUGA